AUGGUUUCUCAUGCCAGUGAGCGCCCAUUUGAAUGUGAAAUUUGCCACAAAACUUACAAAUGGAGAUUUGAACUUAAAAACCACAAGGAACGUCAUUCUUCAGACAAGAAGUAUAAAUGUGACAUGUGUAACUUUACAUCUUCACAUAAGGAUUCUUUUUCCUUACAUAAGAAAAGACACAUUCGAGACUACAGAUUCACUUGUGAAAUCUGUGGUAAGGGCUUCUACACCAAUCCUGAGCUGCAAGGACACUGUGCAGGUCACACAGGAGAAAAACAUCAAUGUGAGACCUGUGGAAAGGGUUUCUCUCAGAAGGGAAACUUACUUGUACAUCUUCAGAUCCAUGAUCCAAACAGGAAAAUAGACAGGUAUGCUUGCGAUGUUUGUGCAAAGCCUUUUCAGUACAUGGCCAGGCUUCGUGCUCACAGAAAGAUCCAUGAAGACAAGUCUAAAUUCAUUUGCAACUUUUGCGGAAAAUGUGUGGGUAGUGCUGUAGCAUUGAAGAUCCAUCUUCGCCGUCAUACUGGGGAGAAACCAUACAUCUGUCAGGUGUGUGGAAAGGAGUUCAGUUGCCCAACAUAUCUGAAAGGACACAUGAGAUCGCACACUGGUGAGAAACCCCAUACUUGUAAGGAAUGUGGAAAGUCUUUCAGCCAACGCACACCUCUGGUGGUGCACAUGAGAUCUCACACAGGACAGAGACCAUAUGAAUGUAACAUGUGUGGCAAAGGAUUCAUCACCAAGGCCCUUCUUGCAGUACACAUUAAGAAUCACAACUAG